ACUGUGGGCAUGCGCAGUGGUGCUCUCCCCCCGCCACGCCGCUGCACAUCCGUCUAGCGGAGCUGUGGAUUUCGCUCGGGGCUCCGCAGGCAGCCAAUAGCGACACGUUGUUUUACCCGUGACAUCACCCGCCACUCCUCUUACUAAAGAAGGAAACAAACAUCUAUCCAGAAGGAACGGGGCACGGAGAGAAAGAAGAGGUAGGACGGCGAGGGGAAGGAGAGCGAAAUCCAGCUUCACACAGUCUGGCAGCAAGGACUACCACGCAAACAUCACCAAAUACGGCAAAAUACCUUGAUUAGACCCAAAGACGUUUAUCUUUUCAUCCGUGAUCUUACAAGAAGAGCACCCUAGAGGUUUACCAUCGACCUGAUAAGAAAUGGCCCAAGAGACGAACCAGAGCCCUGUGCCCAUGCUUUGUGCCACAGGCUGUGGUUUCUAUGGAAACCCCAGAACCAAUGGCAUGUGCUCUGUUUGUUAUAAGGAGCACCUGACACGGCAGCAGAGCAGCGACCGCAUGAGCCCUCUCAGUCCAAUGGGCUCAGCUGCUAGUCCUUCCUCAGAGGCUUCAGCUAUCCAGAGACUAGAAGCAAGUCUAGCCAAGGUUGAAUCUUCUCCAGCUUCAUCACCAGGCAUGUCUAGAACUGUUCAAGGAUCUCUUCCUGUCACCCAACAAAUGACAGAGAUGAGCAUCUCUAGAGAGGAUAAAGCUGAACCAUUAGAGCCUGUUGUAAACCAGCCUGCCGCAUCUAGUCCUGCCCCUGUAGCCUCUUCUAGCAGUGAGGAAAAUAAGGGAGACACCCCCAAACCUAAGAAGAACAGAUGCUUUAUGUGCCGCAAGCGAGUGGGCCUUACAGGAUUCGACUGUCGCUGUGGCAACCUUUUCUGUGGCAUCCACCGAUAUUCCGACAAGCACAAUUGCCCCUACGACUAUAAGGCCGAAGCUGCUGCCAAGAUCCGUAAAGAAAACCCUGUGGUGGUGGCCGACAAGAUCCAGAGAAUAUAAAAUGUGCCAAUCUGAUCAUGAUUAUGAUGAUGACACCUUUGAAAAAGACUGGAGAAUGAGUGUGAACCUUUUGAGUGGCAAAGUGAAUAUUACAUGGACUUGAUUUACAAAAUUGCUCAAGAAUUCAAGAAAAUAACUGUGGGGAGAAGAAAAAAUGAAAAGAUUCUUUCAAGAUGCAUGAAUGAUCACUUUUCUGAAUAAUUCAUUAGUUCGUUUUAUCCUAUUUUCUGUGGUGUGACUUUUCCGCUGUUCUAUUUUUUAUAACAAGUUUUGUCUUAUUAAGAGCAGCCCAGGGUAACUGUCAAGAUAUGCUGUGCUCCUCUCAGCUAUACCAGGCGCCAUUUUGUGCCAAACUGUAGGCAGCCAUUGUACCCAGAGCUUGUCAUGUGUCAGACACUGGCCAGCCCUUCAUCCAUACUACACCCAUUGACUGUUUAAACUCAUCUUCUACUGUGUCCGUUGGUAUUGGAGUCUGUCAAUGUUUGGAGAAUCGUACAACUGUCCCCUACUGUGCACAAGGGGCUUUGUUACUUUGUCUUUCCUAGCUUUACCUACCUCACAGCUGCCGUGUUUAGCAUUGUUGUAUUCACUUUUUUCACCACAGUAGAAAAUUGGGUCGUUUUCAGUCCACACUUGAUCAUCAGCCUCAAUGACCCUUUGAUCCAAAUGUCUUUGUGACGUUGAUCAAUUUGAUUGUGAUGAGGCUGGUUUAAAAUGGUUGGGGGUAUCUGCUAGCCAAGGACAAGGACUCCAGUAUACUAAAUAUUCACAGUGGGCUUCAUCUGUUAGUUACCUUAACCAAGAUUGUAUUUGAGAUGCCUGGUUUAGGGCUGUGUGUACUAAUAUGAGUGACCCAGGUGAAAGGGUAGCACCUUUGCCUGGAAGGUGAAUUUAGGGGCAUGAAUGAUUGGGAUAAAUGCAUGAGUUACUCUUGAUCAGCAUUAGUGUUUCUGGUAUAAUCUAAGAAAUUUGGCAUCACUCAACUAGAGUUUAACACAUUUUAUUUGCUGAAAGACAAUUUUCUGUUUUAUUAGCUUUUUUUUCCUUUUCCAUCGGUAUUGUACUGAUGUUAGCGCAUGUAAUUCAGUGCAUUUGUGGAAUUAGGGUAUGUGAACCAUGUUUUUGUUUUUUAAAUUGCGCUAACAAUGUUUGUGAGCAGAGUGUGUGAGUGUGAGUAGUGGGAGUAUUCAACCCUUUUUGUCUGUGGAGCUACCAGGUUUAUCAGCACAUGUUUACAGAACUACAAGAGCAUGCCAGAGCUGGACUUAUGAAAAUAGAUACCAAGAUUAGAUGUAAUUUCUCAUCUAAUUGCUAAUGAUUUGUGUGUCUUCAAAUAGAGCACAGUAGCUGCGUGUGUGCGUGUGUGUGCGUGUGUGACUCUGAAUGCAUGUGUGAACGUGUCCAUGACUGCCAGAUAUAAUGAAAACCCUGUGUAUGUCUGUGACAGGUGUUGAUCCCACUUCUCUUCUUCCUGUAAGGAUGUUUUUCUUUUUUUUUUUUCUUUUAAAGUGUAUGUAUCCGUUUGAGUUUUUGAUUCUUAGUUAUAUGCAAAUUUGUACAAAAAAAUGAAAAAACAAACUGUGUUUAUUUAUGUAUUACAUAUAAUCUUGCUAUCCAGCAUUAUGACAGAAUAGUAUCAUGUAAAUAAAACUGUACAGAGAGACAUUA